AGAGAGAGAGAGAGAGAGAGAGAAAGAGAGAGAGAGAGAGCGAGAGAGCGUGAUCCUGUGGGAUCAAAGGGCGGAAGUUCGAUUGGACAUCCCCGGCUAGUGCGUAAAUUGGAUGUGUCGUGCGAUACACAAAUUGGAUGCGUUGUGAUGAAGAGUUUCAGUGACACUUUACCGAAACGGCCGUGAGAGCAUCGAGAUUAAUCGGAACGAGGACUGCCGGACUGCUAAUAUCGAGUAAAAACGGGACUUAGCAGAGCUUCAAACGAAGGUGGCGAAGUACCAGAAAGGGAAUCCCGCCUGCGAAAGUUAGCAAAGAGACCGCCGAAAUCAAUUUCUGGUGAAGCCGUGUGCGAGAGAAAUGUGGCCGGGAGAGGAAUGCCGCACAAUUUUACGAUGAGGAGAAACCGGAAGAGCGCCUCGAGUCGUCACAGAAUCGACGACUGAUUAUGACGCGCGUCCGCACGCGGCGGCAUUUCUCUCGUCUCCUCCUGUUGUUCUCUUCCUCCGAAAUCCUCCAGGCACGCCACUGCCUGACCCUCCUCCUUCUUGGCCUUACCUCUCUCCGCACAGUCAUAUCGUGCGACGAGAAGACGAGGCCCCAGAGCCGUGACCUGAGCGCGCUUCCCCGUUACCUUGACGUAAGAAGAUACUCGGAGCGGAAAGACCUCUACGCUUCCAAACUGAUUCCGGAAUGGAUGCAACACGAAAACGAAGCUUCGAGCAUGGCUGGUCAAAGUGUUAGCGACGUAACCGGUAAUGAUCAUCCCAGUGAUUCGCUGAAAAGUCGGAGAAACCGCGAUGGAUUCGAUUUGUCAGUGAUAAGACGAGAUUACUUCGACGAUGAUAACUUCGCGAGCAAUAUUAAUGAUCAAAUGCAUUCUGGAUCUGCGAGUAAUUAUCCGAAAGGAAAAUCUGACGAUCGAUUAGAUGAACCUGCGAGAAAUUGGCGAAUUAGUAAAUCGAUCAAUUUUGUCAGCAUGAAGCAGCGUGAAGAAAAUGCGAAGAAUUGGUUGGACGAUCUAAUUAAGAAGCGACGUGAUGUGCCAACGAUUCAAGUUACUCCUUAUGAGGUGAAUCGAGCUGUGAUGGACAAAGUUCAAUUUCGCGACAGUGAUAAUGAAGCAAGUUCGACGAUUUUAAGCGGGCCUCGCCGAAGUGUCGGCAAUCUAGCCGAGAACUCCGUUAACGAUCGCGAUGCAGAGAACGGAUUAAUCCAAGUGUCGAUCGAUCGAUUGCAUUCGCGCGAGGUUUCGAGUGUCGGUCAUUCGUCGGAGCCGACGAGAAGCCGCCGGAAUCGUGAUGAAGUCAGUUUCGACGGGGGUAAACGGACGAGUGUAAACGAUGGUAAUUUAUUCGCCGAAACGCCCGUUAAUCGUGCGAAUGAACGCACGAGCGAUUAUUCGGCUCAUCGUAGUUUGCGCUGGAGCGAGGCCUUAACCCGAUCGAGCGAGCACGAUAUUAAUGUUCCGGCGGAGCGCCCCGAUGAUCUCGCGGAUGAUCGAAGCGAUCGCGAGAGCUUCGGCUUUAGAGCCGCGAGGCAAACUCAUUUAAACCGUCGCAAUAUCUACGCGCUUGAUAAUCGAAACGGCGGUGCGCGCGGAUCUGAGAGCUCGGCCGAUCGGCUUCGCGAGAGCGACGGUUUCGUAAUAAAUGGCAUCCGUAAUGAGUUUACGGACUCCGUGAACGCGAACGGUUCAAACAACGUCGGCGCGAUUGCGAUUGAUGCAGUUGCCGACGACUUCGACAUUGGCACCGCCUCGAUCGAGAACCAGGCCGAGCCCGGCGGAAUUUCGGAAAUCGAGAAUCGAACCGACGUCCACUUGGAGUACGUCGACAGUCCUUUGAAUCUCGAUGAGGUGGAAAUCCAUGGGGCGAAUUGUCAUAACGCCGCAUGCUCCAGCGAUGACAUAUCGGUGAUUAGGAGGACAAAGUUUGGAAGAGCGGAGGAAUCCAGCGGGGAUCAAGGAUACGGGGACGGGGAUCGUUUGGCGCGAGUAAACGACAUAUCGAUGACGCCUGGCAACGACAGCGAUACCGUUAUCGACGUCGACAGCGAAGCGCCUUUCACCGGCUUCGAGGGUUCUCAGAAAUUUCCUGUAAAAAUCAAUCACAAGUCGCCGCCGGUGCCGCCGCAAGUCGAAAAGUUUGACAGGCGGCACUUCGGCCCGCACAAGGAGGACGUACUUGAAGAAACAUCUACAUGGUACCCGAACACCGUGCUUCCCGACCUACCGAAGAGUCCCAGCAGAGAUGUGCUUCAUCGCAAGACGAACGACGACGGUGCCGACGAUGGUGACGUAGACGAGGUGGAUGAGGAGGACGUUAGAAGCGAGGAGACGACAGAGGGGGACAGAGGGCGGAAUGACAUUUACGAUGAAUCAUGGCUACCCGGCACGUUGUCGGGAAAACGCUUGUCGAAUUUCUCGAGCAUCAAGCCCAGCACCGAUGAAAAAUUUGCAGUGACCUUGAACACCGCGGAUAGUGAGCUCGAGAACGCGACUCGCGAAAGGAAUGAUUUCGACAGCAGCGUGGAGAUCGAUGUAACGACGCCGAGUGCGAGAUCGGUGGAAAAGAUAAAUAUAACCAUCCUGGGUCUCUUUGAGAUGACAAACAGGACGGUGUCGAGACCGGAAGGAUCCAGCGAGCUUCAAGCGGCCAAAUUGGCGGUCCGGCGCGUCAACGACUUGAAUAUCUUAAAGCGCUUUCGCCUGCGGCUUAUUUACAAUGAUACUAAGUGCGAUUCCGGAGUGGCUGUGGAUAGAUUCUUUCACGCCUUGUACUCGACGAGGAAGAAACACCUGAUGCCAUUCCUUCUUGGCACCGCUUGUUCCGAAGUCACGGAGACACUGGCCAAAAUUGUUCCUUAUUGGAACGUGAUCCAGGUAUCAUUUGGCUCGACCGCACCUGCCCUGUCGGAUUCCAAUGAGUUUCCCCUGUUUCUGCGAACCGUCGCGCCGGAUUCGAGUCACAAUCCGGCUAGGAUAGCAUUGAUCAAACACUUCGGAUGGGACACCGUCACCGCGCUUUCGCAAACGGGCGACAUGUACUCCUUGGCAGUGAACGAUCUCGUUACGGAACUGGAGCAGGCGAAUAUCACAUGCACCGCCACCAUCACGUUCGCCGAGAACGACUACAAGGAGCAACUGCGAACCUUGAAGGAAUUGGACACCAGAAUCAUUAUCGGAAGUUUUUCACCGCGAUUGGCGCAACGUGUCUUUUGCGAGGCUUGGAAACUCGGGAUGCACGGUGGCGAUUACGCGUGGAUUUUACCAGGUGAUACCAUCGAUUCCUUGAAGAUAACCGGCGACUGGUGGCAAUUGCACGUCAGCAACAGGGGAGAGUGUUCGUUCUCUCAACUGUUGCAGACUCUGGAUGGCUUAAUCAUCGUCAAGAGUCACCCCACGGUCGUGGGAAAUGAGACCAGCGCAUCGGGAUUGACUAGUAAGAAAUUUAUUUCGGAGCUGAAUAAUACAGGCGUCACACACUCGAAAUUCGCUGGUCAAACUUACGAUGCCGUGUGGGCCAUGGCGCUCGCCCUCGCUGAAACUGAGGUUCUCCUAAAUCGACGGAACGAGAGCAUGUCGCAGUAUACGCACACGAGGAAGGACCUCGCCAAACUUCUGCUGAAGCAGCUUAAGAAUCUGCGCUUUAUCGGAGUUUCGGGUCCGGUUUCCUUCGACGAUGCGGAUCGCGUUGGCAUCACGGCAUUUUACCAGAUGCACGGACGCGAUAUUAAGAGAAUAGCUAUCUACACUCCCGAAGAUGAGAAACUGAUAAUGAACUGUCCAGGAUGUGAGGCUACAAGAUGGCCCGGAGGGCAAGUACCAGCGGCUCGUAGAGUCUUCCGAUUACGAAUGGUGACAGUGGCACCCGCCGCGUUCCUCGCUAUCACCUGCAUCGCCAGCGUCGGCGUCACCUUGGCUCUCGCUUUUCUGGCCUUUAAUCUUCAUUUCCGCAAGCACAAAAGCAUAAAACUUUCAAGCCCGAGGCUGAAUAACAUGAUAGCGGUUGGUUGCGGCCUGGUCUACGGUGCCGUUAUACUUUUGGGACUGGACGACGCCACGCUACCGGACAGCGAUGGUUAUUAUCCUACAGUGUGCAAGGCGAGAGUGUAUUUGCUGUCGGCCGGAUUCUCUCUGGCUUUCGGCUCGAUGUUCACGAAGACUUAUCGGGUACACAGAAUCUUUACCAGAAGUCGAAGCGGGGUCGUCAAGAACAAACUGCUCCAGGAUACCCAGUUGAUAUUCUUAAUCUGCAUGCUUCUGAUGAUCGACGUCGUCGUGGUGACCCUGUGGGUGAUUCUGGACCCGAUGCAACGUCACCUGCAAAAUCUUACCCUGGAAAUAAGCCCGCAGGACCGAGGGGUCGUCUAUCAGCCUCAGGUAGAAGUGUGCCGUUCCCAGCACACGAACGGCUGGUUAAGCGCUCUCUACGUUUACAAAGGUUUAUUACUCGUAGUCGGGGUCUACAUGGCUUGGGAAACAAGGCACGUAAAAAUUCCAGCCCUAAACGACUCGCAAUACAUCGGUAUGAGCGUGUACUUCGUAGUAAUUACGUCGGGUAUCGUCGUAGUGCUAGCCAAUCUGAUGCCCGACCGCGCGACCCUGGCCUUCGUCACGAUCACUGCCCUGAUUCUGGCCUCGACUACGGCGACCCUGGCGCUCCUUUUCUUACCCCAAUUGGCAAACAUCCUGGCGGGUGAGAGGGCUGACCCGGUCGUGCAGAGUCUCGGUCUCAAAAUUGAAUGCAAUACGCGUAGAUUCGUCACUGACGACAGAAGGGAGCUGCAAUAUCGCGUAGAGGUGCAAAACCGAGUUUAUCGUCGUGAGAUGGCACAGUUGGAAUUGGAAUUGGCCAGAUUGGAGAAGCAACUGGCGCAAGAGCCAGUGGAGCCGUCGCGCGCCUCAUCAAGCGCUUCGAUCCCGCAACGAAAUCCAAGUAUCGGGGGUGGUUUGCCUCUUUUAUUGCUUAGUGUCCUGCCGCCGGUUAUUCCCCGAGCUAGCUGGCCUUCCGCAGAUUCGUCCGGCAUACGUCGCGGUACCGUAGCAUUUAGCAGUCAACCGGAUUUGGAGCCGGGCGAUCCGAGACAAAGUCUGGCCGAUCUUUACAAGCUGCACCGUCGCCGAGAGACCGAGGGUCCGAAUCGAUUGGGCGUUUUUCAACGACUCUUCAGCCUCUUCGGCAGCAGGCCGAGUAGCAGAAAAACCUCCACCGCGUCGUUCACCGGGGUCGCAUCGGCGCUUCGAGUCCAUAUGGGCUAUAUCGCUGGUUUAGUGCCUGGUGCGAAAGCUGCUUCUACUUGCCAGGUGGAUGCCCAAGGCACACAGUCACCUCAUACGCGAUGCGGUUCAGGACCGAUAAUUAACAUUACUAGCGAGGAAGACCGUAGGUUGAGCCUAGCAGGGCUACGUCGCAAGGAAAGUAGCGAGCCUAAAGUAAAUUUCAGCUUGCCGCCACAGACGAGCGCGAGUCAGUCAUCCUCUCGAGAGAAGAUACGCGGCUCGCCCCGGUUUCCUCAUCGAAUAAUUCCGGCAAACAGUUUGAGCGCCAUUGCGCAGGGUACGUCAAUCACGAGACCACAUCGUUGGCACUCGAUGGAAGACGCAACGAAACCAAAAACUACUCAAACAACGUCUCGCGGUUCAUGUAGUCCCAACUCCGAUGGAUGGACCACGAACGAGGUCGUGAUUGCUUUCAGCGAACUGGCCAAUACCACCAGAACUAGGAAACCCCCGGAUUCCCUGGCCCUGACAGUCUCCGUAGACUCGAAGAUAAGCCCGAUCGACGCAAAACUAGGUAGUGAUCUAAGAAAACUGUUCAGAGAAAACGACAGCGAAGAGCCAGUCAGCCCUGUCGAACACGAGCUGAAGACAACGCGAUCGAAUUCGUCGUCCUCUUCGUCCCUGAAGAUAAUCGGUGCCACGAGCGAACCUAUACCAUUAAAGAAUUCAGAUUCCACCCCAGAGACUCGAAACAAUAUUGUUCCAAACUUCCACGAAGAGUCGAGAUCUCGUCCAAGUACGAGCCCAGUGAUCUCGGUGAUUGAUACGGAUAAUCCAGGGGAGGAGUCGAAUAACGAUGUCAACAAUCGCGUCGGUACUUCCUGCGAGGAGAAGAGACCGACUCUGUAACGUAAAAUACCAUGCAAGUAAUCGUGAAGAAUUUGUUUUAAGUGAUCAAGUUUAUUAAAGUUUAAAAGAGAAAAAGAUAUAUCAGGGAAAGAACUACGUUGAUUUUUUCCCGCGACACUUGAUAUUUCGACGUUCUUUCGGAAGUGGGACGAUGCGACUUCAUCGGAACUUUCAAAUGUAGUCGCUUAGACAAUCUGAAAAGAAAUUGAAAAUCUCUCUCUAUUUAGAUGUUUCGUGUGAUAAACGAAAAAAAGAGUAUCAACGUGAUAAGUAAAGUAAUUAGGUGCACGUUACGGAUUCGUAAUUAUGACACAUCUUCGUAUCUUUACGCAAUACAUGAAGAUUAUAUAGAUAAUAACAAGGGAAUGCAGUAUUUGUCAGAUAGUUUUAAAUUAAUAUUUCAAAAAAAAAAAACCGAGUAGAUCAUGCGAUAGUCAAUUCAUAAUCCAACAUUAUAUAGUGGUAACGUUGUUUAUCAUAAUUGAUUGUUUAUUGAGCAUUAUGAUUCCGUAGUGUCGGAGAGACACUGUGCAGUGGGCCGCUAUAAAAUCGACACUGUCAAUGCAAUAUAGAUCACCAAAGGGAAAAGACAAUAUAGACAACCCGGCUCAACUUGACGCGAGAGUUAACUUUAUUCGUGCUCAAAUCAAUAAGCGGAAUAGUGUGUCAUGAUCGAGCGGAGAUUCCACAAAGUGGCGUGUAAAUAUAUAGGUCUCCUGUUCGUAAUGCCCAAAUGCGAAGAUCAUGGACCAAUCGCAGUCGUAAUCUCAAACAUGUGUGUUCGCUAGUAACUGUGCCAAAAAAAAAGAAGAAAAAAAAAGAAAAGAAAAGCAAAUUACCUGUGACCCGUAAGAGUAUACGUUUGUCUUGGAAGAUUAUAAAAGGGACCAAUGCUUACAAUAUCCUUCCAAGUAUUUUUUUCCUUUGAUAGGACGAGUUCAAUAAUCUUGGCCCUGUUAUAAUUCGCAUUUUAAAAAAAUAUUAUUUUCGGAAAUAUAUUGAAGUUCCUUUCCUUACCUGAUAACGACAAAAAAAAAAUAACGAAGAUCAAAAUGAGAAACUUAAACAUAUCCUUUAAAAUACUCAAUUUAUAAUCAAUGAUAUAUCUACUUUGUGAAUAUAUUAUUGUGUUGUGUGAAUAUUCAAAGAUAUUUAGAAUAUUUCCGCAAAACUCUAAAACUUUAAAUGUUUCAGAGAAGACAAGCUGAAAAUACCCUUACGGGACUGCAAUCAAAGUGUUCAGUACCCCAAAUCUUUUCUCUAGUACCUGCGCUCAUGUGCAAUGAAAAUAUAUCUGCUCGAAGUAAAGCGACUUAAAAUAAGAAUGCCAUGUUUUGUUUGUAAAAUGCGUGAAUACGUGUUGAAAAUCGAUAUUUUCGUGCCAUCGAGUGUAAACGUAUAUACAUAUAAAUAUGUAGAUAAAGCAAGCAGUGAGGACAUAAUUCCUGUAAAAGGGUUUCCUUCCGUAAUCUUGCUAUCCGACUGGUUUCAUAACUCGGAUAUCUCGAUGUGUCAAUCAAUAAAAAAACUUUAUCGAUUAAGCAAUAAUCAGCAUUGUCUGUGCAAAUAAGAAUAGUAUAAUAAAGAACUAUAUAUAUUCUA